AUGAUGAAGCGCUUCGCUGUUCUUCUACUGGUGGUGCUGGUCGCCAUGGUGAGCUGCGCGCACGCUGACGAUGCGCCUGCAGCCCCGGCUGCUGAGGACGCUAAGUUGGAGGAUGCUCCUCCCGGAGUGACUUUGCUCGGCGACAAGGAACCGCUCCCGGCCAGAAAGGAGCAGUACAUCGCUGGAGGAGGAGGCUACAUCCCGACGGGAGGCAUCACGUACCGCUGGCGCUACACGUACCCGUGGGCCGGUGGUUUCCGCUACGGCUGGCGCUAUCCGCUUGGCUACUGGAACGACUACGGCCGCUUCGUCUACGGCUCGAACUGCCCGUUUGGACGCUCGUGGGGUGGCUUUUGGUACUGCUAA